UGUUCUAUCAUCCAAUUUUGCUUUUAAACCAAAAUAGUGGGGCAUUUAUCCUGGCGAACACUGACAAAAAAUCGUCCGUUCAUUUCUGAGGGUCGUUUUAAGUUAAGCUUAAAGUAUUUGUUGUUCACUUAAACCGCAUGAUAAUGGAGGAAUCUGAGGAGGUUAGUGAGGCUAUCAUCGAAGACAGAACCUGGAAGAGGUGCUUGGACCGCAUUGUCCAGAAUAUAGUGCUGGUUUCAGGUCUGGCAGGGUUUGCUAUCGGCAUGAUCAUCACGACCUACGUCCCUCUUUCAGAGCAGGACAAAUUCUACAUUGGCUUUCCAGGGGAAAUACUCAUCAGGAUGUUUCAGAUGGUUUCUAUUCCUCUCAUUGUGACAGCUGUGGUAUCAUGCGUUUCUGAGACAGUUGACAUCCCCACAAAAAUGGCUAGGAAUGUGGCAGUGUACUUUGUCUUGACUACUCUUGUAUCUGUGGCCAUAGGCCUAAUACUGGUAGUGAUGGUGAAGCCGGGCGUUGUCUCUGUGACAGAGGAUGAGAAAAAGUCCUCCAUUGUCUACGUCUUGUUGGAUGUAGCAAGUAACAUGGUGCCGCAUAAUCUGGUUCAGGCUUGCUUCCAACAGUAUCAGACUGACAGGCUGGAGAUGGAAAUUCACACAGCUGAGCCAAAUUCUAGUGUGGAAACGCUUCACACUGAAGUGAGAAUGGUGGGUAACUAUGUUGAAGGGGCCAACAUACUGGGCCUGACUGUGUGCUCCUUCACUUUUGGAAUAGUCCUCAAGGGGAUGGGAGAGAGAGGGAGAAUCAUAUUGAAUGUCCUUUCCAUCAUCAACCAGACCACGAAAUAUGUGGUUAACUGGAUUCUCUGCUACCUUCCAGUUGGGUUGCUGUUUUUGAUCACAAGAUAUGUUGUUGAGGUUCUGGACUUGGAUAGAUUGUACGCACUGGGAAACUUCUUGGCUGUGGUUUUUCUUGGGCUCAUAAUCCAUGCAGCAAUAGUUCUACCAAUUGUCUAUCUGCUGAGUGUGAGACGUAACCCCUGGGUAGUCUUCAGGGGGGUUUAUCCUGCGUUAUGGACUGCACUGCUCACUUCAUCCAGCUCUGCCACCCUGCCGCAGACUUUUCAUUGCUGUGAGCAGAGAAUCUCGAUCAACCGCAGAAUCACUUGCCUCAUGUUGCCCAUUGCAACCAAUGUCAGCAUGAAUGGAACAGUCCUUUAUGAGGUGGUCGCAGCGGUCUUCAUUGCCCAACUCAGCGAAAUCAAUCUGGAGUUGAGACAACUACUCUCCCUUGGAGUGACAUCAGUAAUCUCCACCUUAAAAGCAGUGGGGAUCCCAGCGACCGGAGUGGCGACCACUUUCUUUGUUUUGAGUGCAGUCGGUUUGCCUGCAAUGGAAGCUGCCAUUUUGGUGGUUGUAAAUUGGCUGCUAGACCGCUGCAACACUGUUGUCAAUGUUUGGGGAAGCUGCAUUGCCGUGGCAAUCAUUAACCAACUGUCCAGAGAUGAAAUGGAGAAGCAAGGUGCAAACAGGAGAAGAACUGGCAGUGGUGCUGAGAGGCACGACCAGGAUGCAGAAAUCCCUUCCAGCAGCCAGACCUUUGAGAGUAUUGAAUCCUUUCACUCUGUGUCAGAAGAUUACACUGACUGAGAAAAGGUUUUUCCUCUAAUGAAAAAUUGUAUCAUCCCUUUUUAUUAUUUGUGAUUAUUUGACUUACUUGGUUUCAUAUUUGUUUGGUUUUGUGUUUUAUAGUAGUACAGUAGUUGAGCACAAAAUCUUUGAAAUGACAGUUUGACAAAGAAAAUCUUUUAUUUUAUGAUAUAUAGCCUAAUGUAGAUGUAUACAUAAAUAUGUAUAUAUAUAAUAUAUAUAAAUAGAUGUAGUUUUUUGAAUUGUGUGUAAUAGAUGGAGUUAUUGAAUUUGAUUGAUUUGAUUUGAAUUGAUUUAAUGGAUAUAGUUAUUAAAAUCAAAUGAAUUAAAUGGUGGU